AUAGUUACUGUUGUACUGAAUGUACUGAUUGUGGUUUUUUUUUUUCCAGGCACAGAGCAAUGACUGCUGUGUCUGUGGCUUGCAAGUGCCAGCCUAGCCAGCUGUUGUGGAUUGAUAGCUCGUGCUAACCCUCUACAGCUUACAUUAAUCAAUAGCAAAGAACACGGAGACUGGUGAUCCGCAUGGCCUCCUAUCAGGAUUCACCCCCUAUUUAACUUCCUUCUUCAAGCUUUUAGCUGAUCUCCAACCAGCUGUACUGUGCAGUUGUGUCCAGAAACAACAUGCAUUAAAUUGGAAAACUUCAAAAUCUGCUUUACAGGUAGAGAGUUGAUCUCUCAUGGAUAAACCGAAUAGAUGGCAAUAAAGGAAUAUGAAACUCCAUACUUUCAUAUACGGAAGAUAACAAGCCAGAAAAGUUCAGCAACAGAAGGGUGCUUCUCCAGUAGAAGACAAUGGGACUUACAGAUGUCUUGAGGCUUGACUUUGUUGGGACUAAUGUUAUAACAGCCACACUGACUUUUCUGGUGAUAAUGUUGGUUCUCCUUGCUUGGCAUACCACCUCUUCAUUCUCCAGGCUUGAUAAAGUGGGAGUUCGUCAUCCUCCACCUUUGCCUUUCAUUGGAAAUCUGCUAUAUUUUCAUGAGGGCUUUUGGGAGAGCCACAACAAGCUGAUCAGCAAUUAUGGACCUUCUUGUGGGUAUUACAUUGGUCGUCGAAUGUACAUAGUGAUAUCUGAGCCAGAUAUGAUCAAAUGUAUCUUAGAGGAUGAUUUCAGAAACUUCAGGAACAGAAUGAGUCCAGAUUUGGUUUUUAAGCCAUUUGCAGACAGCAUUGUCAUGUUGCGUGAUGAGAAGUGGGAAAAGGUCCGGAGCAUAUUGACCCCAGCCUUCAGUAUUGCAAAGAUAAAGAAGAUGACUCCGCUAAUUGAUGAGGCAUGCAAUAUCCUGCUGAAUAACUUAAAAGUCUUUGCAGAUUCUGGUUCUGCUUUUGACAUUCAAAGGAAUUAUGGCUGCUUCAUGUUGGAUAUUGUUGCAAGUGUAGCUUUUGGUACCCGUGUUAAUUCUCAGAAGACUCCUAAUGACAUUUUUGUUAAGUACACCAGAAGAUUCUUUGAACCUUUCAUAUUUAAACCUCUUCUCAUCCUUGCUGUUGCAUUUCCAUUUAUAAUGAUCCCGCUACUUCGCAUUUUGCCAAAUAAGAAACGAGAUGAAGUGAAUGGAUUUUUUAUCAAUCUCAUCAAGAAUAUAAGUACCUUGCGAGACCAGCAGGAUCCAAAUGAGAGACGCACAGACUUUCUCCAGCUUAUGCUUGAUGCUCGGAUCCCAACCACUGACAUUGUCAUGGAGCAGUCAGACAGAGUCAGUCAAGAUGAUUUCCCUGAAGCUCUGCCCAAAAAGCAGCAGAAGUGGUUGAGUGAUGAUGAGAUAGCUGGACAAGCCACCUUGUUCCUAAUUGCUGGCUAUGAAACCAGCAACAGCACACUUUCCUUUGGCACUUACCUGCUGGCUACCAACCCCCAAUGCCAGGAGAAGCUGUUGCAAGAGGUAGAUGACUUCUUUUCAAAACAUGACAUUCCAGAUUAUGAAAAUAUACAGGAACUUCCAUAUCUUGAUAUGGUGAUAGCAGAGACUCUGCGCAUGUAUCCUCCAGCAUUCAGGUUUACCCGGGAAGCAGCCAAAGACUGUUCGGUGCUGCAGCAGCAAAUCCCGGCUGGCGCUAUCAUAGAAAUUGCUGUUGGACACCUCCAUUAUAAGCCAAAGUUCUGGCCAGAACCUGAAAAGUUUAUUCCUGAGAGAUUCACGGCUGAGGCUAUGCAGCAGCAACAUCCCUUUGCUUAUCUGCCCUUUGGGGCAGGUCCUCGUGGCUGCAUUGGCAUGAAGUUGGCCUUGAUGACAAUAAAAAUUGCACUGUUAAGAAUUUUGCAAAGGUUCAUGUUCAAAACCUGCCCUGAGACCCAGAUCCCUUUGCAGGUCAAAUCUCACAGCACACUAGGACCACGGGAUGGUGUCUUCAUCAAGAUUGUUCCUCGUUAAGAUAGUCGCAUCCUCCCAUUCCUUUUUCGGAAGCUUUGGCUUUCCUCAUACUGAGAACCUAUUUGUAACAUGGAAAAACCUGUUAAAGGCACCAAAUCUCAGUCUGCCUUCUAGCCUUAGUCAACUUAUAAUGCCAAAUUCCAAAGACUGUUAAACUUCUACGCUUGCAAACUUAACCUUUAGUGCCUGAUAUGCAUCUAAGCUUUGAAAGCAUAUGUUUUGUGGAGAUAUGCUGUGUGGAGGGGAUAUUUGCUAAUAAUGAAAGCAGGAUGUUAUAAAAUAAACUGUUUUAGCUGUUGUUAAAAAAAAUUUUUUUUUUAAAUUUUUUUAAAAUUCAGGCUGUUAUAAUUGGUCAGUCAUCAGCUUAGCCUCUAUUUUCUCUUGUUGUUCCUCUCCUGUCUAAGAUUUACCUGGGCAAUUCUGCAGCCCAAGGUGUUAACUGACAAUCUGGAACUUAAGUGUUUUGCCCUUUCUUCCAAACAGUCCUCUCCAAUGCAGUUCUCUGUCCACCUGAUAGCUUAUAACCUUUUUCACCCUCUGGCUUGGUUAAUGGCAAUUCAUAAUAACAGUGAGAACUAGAAAUAAAAUGCACUGCAGUUAUUUACAUAACAUGUUCUUUAAAAAUUGUUCCAAGGAAUUCAUAUUUUAUAUCAGCUGAAAAUCGUUGAUUUUUAAAGCAGCGGCCCCCAACUUUUUGGGCACCGGUUCCAUGGAGAACGGUUUUUCCACAGACCAGAAAGGCAUGGUUUUACGUGCUGCCUGCAUCUCGCGGAUGGGCUUUGCAAGUUUGCUGGAAUGCCGCGGACCAGGGGUGAAAUCUAGCAGGUUCUGACAGGUUCUGGAGAACCGGUAGUAGAAAUUUUGAGUAGUUCGGAGAACCGGCAAAUACCACCUCUGGCUGGCCCCAGAGUGGGGUGGGAAUGGAGAUUUUCCAAUAUCCUCCCCCCAGGAGUGGGGAGAAAAUGGGGAUUUUGCAGUAUCCUUCCCCUGCCACGCCCACCAAGCCACACCACGCCCACAGAACCGGUAGUAAAAAAAUUCAGAUUUCACCACUGCUGUGGACCAAUGCCUGUCCAUGGACUGGGGGUUAGGGACCCUCGUUUUAAAAAAAGAAAACUGCUUUUAUCAUCUUAAAGAAUGUGUUUUGUAUGGAAACUUUUCUAAACUAUUCUUGUUGAUUGUUAAAUGUAAGACCUUAUAUGUAUAGUUUAAUUCCUAUGAAUAUAUAGAUAGUCCUCAAUUUACAACCACAUUUGGGGCCAGAAUUUCCACUGCUAAGCAAGGCAGUUAUUAAGUGAAUCUUGGUCCAUUUUAUGACCUUUUUUGCCACAGGUCAGUGAGUCAAUGUAAUUGUUAAGUGAAUCCUUGGGCAAAAUAGGUCCCCCCACCCCCCCCAUUGACUUUGCUUAUUGAAAGCCAGCUUGGUGAAUGGCAGAAGCCAAUCACAUGACCCCAGGAUACUGUAAAUAUUGGUUGCCAAUUGUCUGAAUUUUGAUUACAUGACUGUGGGGGAUGUUGUGAUGGUUUGUGUGAGCACUGAUCGUAAGUCACUUUUUUUCAAUGCUGUUAUAACUCUAUGAACAGUCACUAAACAAAUAGUUAUAAAUUGAGAACUGCCUGUAUUUAUUUCACAUGUAGAAAAUAAAAGGAUUCUAAAACCA